AUGGGUGUGCAGGAAAUCAUCGAGAACGAGCGGCUGCUAGCCAGAGGUCCCGAGAGCAUCGGCCAACCAAUCGACGAAGAACUUGGUAACACACCGCACUGGACUCGACGAGUCAGGAGACGGCUGCCUACGUGGCUCGGUUGGAGGACCCUAGUGCUUGGCUUGAUCGUACUGGUUGUCUCGAUCGGAUUUCUAGCAAAUUCUGUACGGAUUAUAAAAGAAGAUGAUCAUAGGAAAACUAUUGGGGCGCAGCCCGUCCAAGGAUCACCGCCCGAGUCCGUAAAGGAACCCGUGUCUGGACCCGGACCCGAUGCGCCUGGGGUCGCCGGUCCUUUCCCGCCAACAUAUUGCGAUAAUGCAGUGCAUCGCUUCGAGGAUCAGAUCUUAGGCCUCAACUUUGAUAGGAACCACAAUAUUACUUUCAUAGAGGAUCAGCACGCACACUCCGGAAAUACCCAGGUGCGCGUUGCCGGUCAAGUCAAUGUACGAAGGCUUGAUGCCGGAGGUAGCCCGCGCUUGGUACUGGAGAUCGCCACUAAUGACAAGGGUGUCCUACUCGACGUCUUCGUAGACGAAGAAGCCCAGGCCUUGAAGGUGAGCGUACCUAAGAAGUACAACUCCCUAAACCCGAACAUCUGGCCCUGCGUCGAAAUGCGAGCGACCAUCUGGGUGCCCGAAAACGCCGAGAUAGGAGUGCUGUCACUGGGCUCAAUCCAUCUUGAUAUGUUAUUUUUAGACGAUCUAUCUCUCCACGUGGCGGGUUACACUAGGGCUUCUUCGAUCGUAGGGGAUAUCACAUCCGGUUCGGACCACCCUACCUCGUACAACAACACUGGCUUUAUGCUAUCGGCUCCGGAGUACACUUUCAUCCCUGCUAAAGAUUCGUACGUGCUUGACUCUCGUAUUAUCGAGAUCACGACCACGUCGGGUAAGAUCGAAGGCAACUGGCCUCUUUACGAUAUGCUAGGGUUGCACACGACCUCCGGCCACAUCACAGUGUCGAUCACGCCCAAGGAAGAACUCGAAACGGACCCGAAGGCUGCUGUCCUAUCCUUGAGCUCGAUAUCCGGCACUGUCUAUGCCACAGAGCCGGUGCAUUUGAGAGAGCAAAUCCCGCUUCGCGACUAUCUUGUAGAUAUCAAGUCGACUUCCGGAGGUAUCCAUGGUGCCUUCGCAUUUGGCGCUGGCAUCGAACUCAAGAGUACUGCUAGCGACAUUGCUCUUGAUUUACUUCCUGUGAUGAACGAAGACAGGGUAUCACCGGAUCAACCCGCUCAGCUGGAGACAGCAACGACGAGUGGCACUACAGCCAUACGCGUGCUUGAGCCGGUUUGGUACGGAGACAGGGGAUUGGUUAGCGGCAGGCCGCUUGACUGCCUACAAGCGCUUCACAAGUCCACUAGCGGUGACAUUGGACUACGAUAUCCGCAGGCAUGGGAGGGAUACUUAAGCGCCGAGACAACGAGUGGCAGGCUAAAGGUCAAAGGAAGGGAUGUCAAGAUCAUUAGGUCUAUUGGAGGUUGGCCGGGAUCCAAGCUGGAAGCCCAGAAGGGCGCAGGUGGUCCCGGUUCGACGGUCCAGGUCCACGCCCUUAUGGGUAAUAUGGACACUGUCAUUGGCAGGGAAUAA